CACUGUCUCCAGAGCAGCGGACAGUCACGUGGCACAACACACGAUGCUCGCUUUGCCGGAGCCGGGCUCCAAGAGAAUGUCAUUGCCAUGCACGUCUUUGACUGCAAGUGGAAGAGUCAGUGCGACACGAAGAACUUUCACUUCAACACCGUUAUUACUUCCAAAAGUGAGUCAGGCUGUCAUCCCACUCUCUGUCAAUCAGUGUGGCCAACGCAUUAAUCCUCUACAUCCACCAGGGGUGAAGCGACGAACAGUCAGUCUAGAAACCUUUGCAGCUCAUCACCAUAACCAACAAAGGGCUGUGGUGAUGCGACAGAAGGAGUAUAACAGGUAUCACCAGAGUUGGCAGCGUCCAUUUUAUGGAUCUGUAGCUGAGAAGGAGGAAUAUAGGCGUGAGAUCCGGCAGCUGUUAAAAUGGCAGAUGAGUCAGCAGCGAGAGUCUCAACGUUAUGCUCUGUUCAAUCGGGCCAAAGAGGGAGAGGCAGCACGGGAGGCAGAAAGACAGGCAACUCUUCAAGAUCUGGAAAAACAGAUUGCACGUUCCCGUUUUCUUCAAGCAUUCCGGGAUGAAAACAAAAAGCUGAUGGAAAUUCAGUGGAAGGAGAAGAGGUUAGCAAAAUCCCUGGAUUCUCUACGAGAGCGUGAGCUGCUGCAAUACAAUCCAAUCAACUGGAGCUGCACUCUGAAAUAGAUUUCAGCGUGAAUU